AUGCCCCAACUCCCUUUCCUCGAGGUGGAGGACCUCUCCUCAUCAUUGUCUUUCUAUUCUGCCAUUGUUGAACCUCUGGGCCUUCGACACAUCAGCACAGAGCGCGGGCACUUCCCGUCGGUUACAUUUGGCAAGUCAGAACGGGAUCCAGUUUUCCAGCUCCGCCAGGUGGUCGCAAGCAGAGACCGGCCCCUGAGGCGCUCACGCAUAGCGGUCACCGCUCCCUCGCCAGGCGCGGCCGACGAAGCCUUUGAGUUUGCAUUUCGGGCUAAUCCCGAUCUUCGGGACACAUCAUACUUGCGCCACCCUGCCGAGGCCUACCCGGCGGCCAGUGGCGCGUCUGCCCACCGGGCGACAACGCACAGUGGCGGGACCCGCGUGGUUAUAAGUGACUUGGACUACAACAUCAUGGAGAUUGUGUACCAGCCCCCUCUCCACUACCCUCCACACUACAGCGGCUCGACUGUCCGGCGCACACGGUCAACCGACGAAGAAGCAGGCCGUAUAUUGACCUGGAAUUUCGACGUGGCAGGCUCGUCACGACCCGCCCCUGCUGGUGCCAGUUCUGCGUACAGCGGCCCACCCCGGGCUGAUCCACGACGCUCGCUGAGCUACCACGACUACGAAGAAGAAGUAGAAGUCGGAGACUACGACGACGAGGACGACCACCACGGCCACGACCACGACGUGAGAAGGCCUCCUCCCCCCGCGGCAGGAUUGAAGCGCGGUGUCACGACGGGCACUUUCAACUACGAACCGACUGCCUCGGCCAGGGAGAACUCGACCGGACUAAGUGCCGGCGCUGUUGUCGGAACUUUGCUCGGGGUUGCUGGCGUUGCUGCCGGAGCUGCUCUCACCUACAACAUGGUCAAGGGCGACCGCACCCGUGCUUCGGCGCACGACGACUAUGAUGCCCCCCCCUUCAGCCGCCGCUCCACCUUCCCGGACAAGUAUGACAGCUAUUUGGAUCGCAAAGGCCGGUAUUUGGACACGGAGCGGCCCGCGGAUAAGGGGCGGUAUUCUGACGAGUAUGGUUCCGGUCUCGAUUAUCGGAGGCAAGGGCCAGACUACGUUGCUCGAUAUACCCAAGUCACCUCGCCGAGGAGCAGAGAUGUGGAUGGCGCCUAUGACGAUGCGCGGGGCCGUCACUCAAUACCUCGUUCGCGGGCUUCUGUACGCCCACGCAGUGAAGCAGCCAACAGCCGCGAGCCAUAUCUUCUCGGGGAGCCCGAGUACCGCGGUUAUGUGAGCUCCAAGUCCUCCAAACAUCCGCCCAUUGUCCAACGUGGGUAUACGUAUGAUGGCCCAGAACGGGAUAGCUACGUGUCUUCGCGCAGCCAAAGGUCCAGUAAUACGCUCCGCGCAUCGCCAGCUGAUGCUUAUCUGCCGUCAUCACAUCCUGUCUCGCACUCAAGGUCGGGCAGUCGUGUAACCACAACAACAUACAAGGUUAGCGACAGUCCUCGAGGAUACAGCCGGGAGGAGAUUUAUGGCUCGGCCCGUCACAUCCCAUUCUCAGAUAGCCGGGCUUCUCCGUAUACGUCGGCGCGCGACCCGCUCCUCGCAAGUGGGAGGGCACCGCCGUAUCUCUCAGCUCGCGAGGCCACCUACCCCAGCGAUAAUCGAGCUGGUGCAUACUAUUCAGCCCGCCAUGCGCCACUUCCCCGGAGCAGUGGAGGAAGCAGUCGCGCUCGCUAUGGGGAGGACGACGACGAUGAUGAUGCUGACAGCAUUGCGCCCAGCGAUAGCAUUAGCUGUGUUGGAAGCCGGAGGAGUCGUUAA